AUGCCCGCCCUCCGCAAACUCUCCCGCGACAGCGCCCACCGCCGCGCCAUGCUCCGCAACAUGGCGACCUCUCUGAUCCAACACGAAGUCCUGCAAACCACCUGGCCCAAAGCCAAAGAAACACAACGCUGGGUCGACAAACUAAUAACCCUGGGCAAACGCAACACCAACGCCUCCCGCAACUCCGCCAUGGCCAUGAUCUUCGAGCAAACCACCUGGAUGCCGAAGAUCUUCGGCGAGCUGGCGCAACGCUACAAGUCCCGACCGGGCGGGUAUACGAGGGUGCUGAGGACGGAGAGCCAUAGGAAUGAUGCGGCGGAUAGUGCGAUAUUGAGUCUGGUGGAUGGACCGCGGGAUAUUAAAUUCGCGAUGACGGCGAAGGCGUUGGCGUUCAAUGAGGCGAGAGGGGAGGGGAAUGAGCCGCAGACGGUGUUGGACAUGCAUAAGGUGACGAGGUUUAGGGAGAACGGGGAGGAGGAGCUGCAGGCGGAGAUCGAGCGGUUACGAAAUAUCGAGGAGGGUACGACGGAAGCGGAACAGGAGGCGUUCGAGAGUAAUGGCACGCAGUUCGAGUGGGUGAGGGCGCAUAAGAAGGCGGGACCAGGGCAUAUGAGGAAGAAGCGGAUUGAUACUGGUGUGCCGGGUGAAGAUCCGGCGGAUUUGGUGGACAAGGCGGGUUACAAGGGAAGGAGCUUGAAUUUGGUGUCGCAUCCGAAAGAGGAGUUGUUGAUGAAGGGUUGA